GAAGAGGCGUCCGUUUGCGCGUGGCACUUAGUGCUUCUUGCACACGAAUGUCUGCGUGGGCCGGAGAUAAAUUCAAAUGCCGGCGUACGGAGCGCCAAGUUCGCUUCUGAUCAAGCACCGAGGAACAAGUGGAAAACUGACUUACCUACCCGUACUGGACUGAAAAUCAUGGAGAGCAAGAAGAAGGAAUGUUCAUGCACCGAGUGCAAAUGCUGCGUCGACUGCGGAACCGACAACUGCAACUGCGGCGACGACUGCAAGUGCUGCGAUUGCUGCUCAGGCAGCAAAGCUGACGCCACUUGCUGCACCAAGCCCACGGGCGCCAAGUCCACGGAACGCACGAAGACUAUCAAGGCGUCAUGCUGUACCGUGAAGAUCGUGAUCGGUAAGGGUGCUGGCGUUGAGAAAUGCUGCUCCAAGACCGAGAAAAAGAGCUGCUGCUGCGCUGCGGAGACUGGCAAGGACUGCCAGUGCUGUGGAGCUUGCGGAGACAAGUCCAAGGAGUGCAAGUGCGAAGGAGAAUGCAAGUGCUGCUGCUGCUGCGUCAAGAGCGGCGAUGGCAAGGACGGCGAAGGCUGCGUGUGCUGCAUUGCUUGCGGGGACGUGACUGUAAUAUGCAAGUGCGAGGGCAACUGCAAAUGCUGCAUCAGCUGCUCCAAGAAGAGCGACUGCGUCUGCAGCAAGAACGGCAAGGACUGCAAAUGCUGCGGUGCCUGUGGAGACGACUCCGAGGACUGUAAAUGCGGAAAGAACUGCGAGUGCUGCAAGAACUGCAGCGGCAAGAAUGAGGGAUGCUGCUGCAGCAAAGGUGGCGCCGAUUGCAAGUGCUGCGAUGCUUGCGGAGAUGAUGGCAAGGAAUGCAAAUGCGGAAAUAAUUGUAAAUGCUGCGGAUGCUGCGAUGGAAAGAAGAAAGGCUGCUGCUGCAGCAAGAGUGGAGGGGACUGCGAGUGCUGUGGCGCAUGUGGAGACGAUUCUAAAGAUUGCAAUUGUGGAAAGAACUGCAAGUGCUGCGGAUGCUGCAGCGGUAAGAAGGAGGGAUGCUGCUGCAACAAGGGCGGAGCUGAGUGCAAAUGCUGCGAUGCCUGUGGUGACGACUCAAAGGACUGCAAGUGUGGAAAGGAGUGCAAGUGCUGCGGCUGCUGCGGAGAUUCCAAGAAAGCUGUGAAGAAGAGCUGCUGCUCAAAGGAUGAAUCCGAGGAGCCGACCUGCAGCGUAAAAGUCGAAGCUACCAAGACCAGCGUCGUCGUCAAGUGCGUCUGCACGCCAUCGAAAUCCUCUGGCAAGGAAAGCGCCUGCUGCGUGGUGAUCGACUUGACCGAAAAGUCGAAGGACUGCAAAUGUUGCGUCGCUUGCGGAGAUUGUUCCAAGGCUUGCAAGUGCGAUGGCGAUUGCAAGUGCUGUGCCGACUGCUCAGGUCAGAAGAAGUCCGAUAAGAGCGGACAAUCAUCGUGCGGUUGUUAGUGGCUGAUCUUUACGACUGUUUUGAUGAAGGGAGUUUUACAAUUAAAAUUCAUCGAUACGAGAAAUAUUUUAAGUUUUGUAAUGUUAUACUUAGGCUAGAUGUAAUUCACGUGUUCUUGGGUAGCACGGUGAAAACUGUAAAAGCGUAUAGUUAUACAGUGCAUUCCUAUUUUGCAAUAUAUGUCAAUGUUAUGGAAAUGAAAUAAAAUAAUUUUCUGAAACUCAAGUAUUUUGAAUGUACAAAAACGUCUCAAAAAGUGAAAUCAAUUAGCGCCUUCGAACAGCUCAAAAUCGGAAAGUGCCCUGAAAUCGACUACAGCCGCGACUACAAUGCUAUGAGUCGGAAAAAAAGAAAACGGUCACAACUUUUUCAUCCGUCGCGCUCCGAAUUCAACGCUCCUGUUGCUUCACUGGCCUUGCAUUCACGCGCACACGCAUGACAGGACUCGAGACUGGUCAGCUUCUAUCCGCCCUUUUCUGUGCUUGAUAUUCUCGUUCCAGGAGGUUGAUUUGUAGAAUAUUUUUUUUAAUCAGGUCGAUGCUUCGUUUUCUGUACUUGUAGUUUCAAACGACUGUCUAGUCGCCUUGGAUUUUAGUGUGAAAUCUGCAGUUAGAUUUUUAUGCGUUUUAUUUUUAAACGAAGGUUAAUUAUUUAAUUGCAGAAGCAGAGUACAGUUGCUUCAUUUUGUAAUUAUUACGACUGCGGAGAUUGAACAAAGUUUGCUUUUACGCGCGUUCAGUAAAGUGGCAACAAUACGUCUUGAUUAGCAGACCGUCGCAUAAAAGUCAGUGAAUAAUUCAAGUAAAACGUUUCCUAAACGAUCAGCAGCAAUUUACGCACGUUUAAUUAUCUUUAAAAAAAUAUUUUGCGGACUGCGGACCAAAUUUUGAAACCACUGCGGACAACAAGUGCCUCUCGCGUGUAAAAAAAGAAACAAAAAAGCCUCAUUCCCACAGAACUUCCCACCUAUUGCCAGAACCAAACUGCUCAUUUUUUCCACACACCUCACAGCGGCACAAGAAACACUGCACUAGACCGACGCAUUUGCAGCUGUAUACGCGAGUCCGAGGAAGAAAAAGCCGCCGGUACGAGGACAGAGUGCGGAGAGAAACGCGGCGCAGAGAAACCGCUGCGCAGAGAGUAGGGAAGCGAUCGAUAAAUUGCGAGCCAGCAGCGCAGUGUCGUCGAGUCAGCCGAGAGCCGUCGUUCGAGCAACAACUUACCGAGAAGCUUCAGUACGCGCACCAGCCGACAAGAUGCCUGGACCAGACUGCGACAAGUGCAAGGACAAGUGCCAGAACUGCAGCUGCGGCGACAACUGCAAGUGCAGCGAGGGAAGCUGCGGAGACAAGUGCGGAUGCAAGACUUCCGGCUCUACGUGCAAGUGCAAUCCCUGCGCCUGUAAGUGAAGAUCGUGAAUUGAAAGCCUCGCACAGCCCACAUGAUGGACGUCUCAACCGAUAGAUAUUCAAUAGUCACGCCAGAAAAUGCAUUUUCUUUGGCCUAUUUCUCCACCACAUGCCAAAUCUGAACCUCUAUUUCUACGCCACUGUACACCUUGUUUCUCAUACCGCUGAUGAAUUCGAUCACCUUUGUUAAUAUUAUUGUACUUCUGUCUGCAAUGUAUCGUCAACCGAAAAAAAAUAAUUAUUGUUUGGAAAAUGUGUUAAACGAAUAAAAAUGCGUUCGAUGUAUA